UGGGCCAUGUGGGACUUACUGGAAGCCCUUCUUCUCCCAGUCGUCGCCAUCCUGUGGGCCUUUCGAUGGCCCUUCCCUGACGAGGGAUUCAUGCUUCUCUUCCUCAUACUGCUCUUCUGGCAGAUCCAGAGGGGCCAUGUUGAAGUGUGGAAGAAGGAAGACCAAAUCUGCAACCUGGGAGAGCGGAGCCCAGCCCAAAGCCCUGCUAACCAUCCUGCUUCCAUCCUGAAUCGGCAUCGUCUGAAGUAUCGGCUGGAGGUCACGUCAGAUGAAGUUUGGAGGCUAGGCCAAGAACACACCAGGGAUCCCGAGGCCAUCCUGAGUCUCCUGAAAAGGUGCGGCUUGGACACGUUCAGCGGCAAAGACAGCUGCAUCAUCUGCCAGUACCUCAGGAACGAAACCCAGAGGUUCCCACCACCCCCGACUGGCUGGGAUGAGUGGCCUAGGCCCAGAGUGUCUUUCCGCCGAGUCUCACGGCCCUGUGACUCCAGAUUGGCCCGAUGUACCUGUUGCGCAGGGGCUCUGCCUCCCCACAGGGAUGAAAGACCUCAGAUUCUGCAGGUAGAGGAGAAAUGUCGACACCCUCGUGGGCCAGGGUUCCGGCGCUCUGGCUCCAGACAGUCAGAAAACCCUAAAAAGGAAGACCGUAAGGACCUUCAGGCUCUGCCUGAGGCCUUCCCCGUGAGAAUGAAGCCCCUCUCCCGGCCCUCUCUCCUCAGCCCGGAGACCCGCAGACUCCUGGAGCAGCAUUUGAAGUCCAUGCUCCACUUCCAGCAAUUGGGGCUGCCCAGAUGGGUCCUGGAGGCCCAGUGGCUGUUAGCUCCUCAGAUGGGAGAUGAAGACAUCCAGCCCAGCUUUCCCUGGAGAAAAGGUUUGGUCACGCCUGAAGACUCCCUGAAGAGCAAAAAGGAGGAGCACAUAGAAGAGCACAUGGUAGAUAAAAGCCGACAAAUUAUCCCCUCAGUGGUGCCCAGCUCCACACCACCACAGGCCCUUCUCAGCUCCCAGGGCCCCCCAGUUCUCUCCGGCCCCAAAAGUCUGGCUCCCCCUUCUCUGGACCCUCUUGAGACCAGACCUCGGACACCGGACCGGAGGACCGCUUCUUUUCCGAAGCUGAGUUCAAACCUCAGACCGCGGGAGGACCGACGACCCCCGGCCAAGCCAGCGGUCCCGUCCGAGGCUUCAAUGAAGAGCCUGGAUUCGGUCUUGAGGGAGAAGUACCGGGAUUUCCUCUCCGGGUUUGGUCUCGUGUACAACGGAGCCAUCGGCAGUGCUGUGUCUCAAGCCGAACUUGCCCGGAUUUCAGGAAGCGCAGAGGGCGAGCCUGCCCCCGUCAAAAGACAUCUGGAGCGCAGUGGGGGAGAUGAACCGAACAGGGAGGAAUCUAAAGAGCCAAGACUCUCUCUGACCACUGACUGCAAAGAGGCUUCACUGGAAGGGAGGCGACAUCGCCACUCCAGGGAAGCUCGGGAUCGCGACCGACCUUCUACCCAAACGGCCAGGGCACCGCGACGAAAGAGCCGGGGCCCACAUCAUCCUGAUUCAUGCCCCUCCAAGACAUCGCUCUGCCCUCCCAGGGCUGCAGGAGGCUUGGGGGCUCCCACGGGCAUCCAGGAGAGGAAGAAGAAUAUCGGCCAAGGCCGCGGCAGAGCCCCCGUCUCUAACUUGGCAGCAAGGGACGUGGCAUUCACCAACUCCUGUGGCCCUAAAGUUCUCACAUUGGGCCCGGAGAGGGACAACUGAGGCUUCCAGAAGCUGCCCAGAGAAAGAUGAAAAUCCAACAGAGACCUCGUGCUGAAGGGAAUCAGCCAAUUCUCACUAUAGCCCAGUCACCAGUUUCAUUCACCCCUUCUUGAUUUCUUUUCAAAUAUAGUGCUCUUUC